CUGCACGACUUCUCCCUAGAAAGUUUGCAACUGUUUACUACGUAGUUUAUUGUGAGAGGCAAUAUUUUCAGAAAUAAUUUUUGUGAUAAGUACUGCUCUUUCAAAUCUCAUGAAAGAUGGCUUUGAUGUUAAAGCUCUUCGAGCAUUCCGUGUUCUUCGUCCUCUGAGGCUUGUAUCGGGGGUGCCAAGUCUUCAAGUGGUGCUCAAUUCCAUUCUAAAAGCCAUGAUUCCCCUCCUCCACAUCGCCCUCCUCGUCAUUUUUGUCAUCAUCAUCUAUGCAAUCAUUGGUCUGGAGCUUUUCUCUGGAAAAAUGCACAAAACUUGUUUUGAUAAUGUUACUGGUGAGAUAUCGAUCAAAGGAGAACCUCAUCCGUGUGGUGAUUCUGGCUUCCAGUGUGAAGGUGUGGGAGAAGUCUGCCGCCUCUAUUGGGACGGUCCAAAUUACGGAAUCAUAAAUUUUGACAAUUUUGGUCUGGCCAUGCUCACUGUUUUCCAAUGUGUUACCAAUGAAGGAUGGACCAAUGUUCUAUACAAUGUGAAUGAUUCUUGUGGUAACAGUUGGCCCUGGAUUUAUUUUCUUAGCCUUAUCAUUCUGGGAUCUUUCUUUGUUCUCAAUCUAGUACUUGGUGUUUUGAGUGGUGAGUUUUCAAAAGAAAGAGAAAAAGCAAAAGCGAGGGGUGACUUUCACAAACUUAGAGAGAAACAACAAAUUGAAGAGGAUCUCAGAGGCUAUUUGGAUUGGAUAACGCAAGCUGAGGAUAUUGAUCCAGAUGAAGGCGGUAAUCAAGAUGAAGAUAGACUAGAACCUGAAAAUGGCAAAUUAGAGGGUGAAGUAGGAAGUCAGGAGAACAUAGCACCGCCAUCUUGGUGGGAAGUUAAGAAAAAGCAAUUUGAUCGCCAUAACCGUCGCAUCAGAAGGGGUUGUCGAAAACUGGUGAAAUCUCAGGCUUUCUAUUGGAUUGUCAUUAUUCUAGUGUUUUUAAAUACAAUCACCUUAGCUUCAGAACAUCACCAUCAACCACCCUGGCUGGAUGAGUUCCAAGAAUACGCCAAUAUAUUCUUUGUGGCUCUCUUCUCAUUGGAGAUGCUUCUGAAAAUGUACAGCUUGGGCAUCCAGGGUUAUUUUGUGAGCCUUUUUAAUCGCUUUGACUGUUUUGUUGUGAUUUCGUCCAUUUUGGAGAUGGUUCUUCUAUACACAGAUGUCAUGCCUCCCCUUGGUGUAUCUGUAUUGCGUUGCGUCAGACUCCUUCGCAUCUUUAAAGUUACAAAAUAUUGGACAUCAUUGUGUAAUUUGGUUGCAUCAUUGAUCAACUCAGUCCGUUCCAUUGCAAGUUUGUUGUUGCUGCUCUUUCUCUUCAUUGUGAUAUUUGCUCUGUUGGGUAUGCAGGUGUUUGGUGGACGAUUCAGCUACAAACCACUAGAAGAGAAACCUAGGCAUAACUUUGAUACUUUCGUUCAGGCAUUGCUCACAGUCUUUCAGAUUCUGACUGGUGAAGAUUGGAAUGAGGUCAUGUAUGACGGCAUACGUGCGUAUGGUGGUGUUGGAUCAUAUGGAGCUUUGGCCUGCAUCUAUUUCAUCAUAUUAUUCAUUUGUGGCAACUAUAUUCUCUUAAAUGUUUUCUUGGCUAUCGCUGUAGAUAACUUGGCUGAUGCUGAUAGUCUGAGUGGUGUUGAAAAGGAAGGAGAGGAAGGGGAAGAGGGUGAGGUUGUCGAAGGAGAAGAAAAGGAAGGACUCGAUGACGACCUUUGUAAUAUCAACCGUAGAAAAAGUGAAUUACCUAAAAUGGAUGGUUUGAAUAACAUAGGGUUCUCCUCAGAAAAGAUGAACCAUGUUGAAAUAAGAAUAAAUACAGAAACAGAAGAUAAAGAUAAAGAGGAUGAAGUUGGAGAGGAUGAAGAAGGAAUGGAUGAAGAAGAUGAAUGUGAAGAAGUUGAAUCUGCAAUUGGUUCCCAAGGUGCCAGACCACGCAGGCAAUCAGAAAUAGACGCAAUGCCCAACAAAAUUGCCCCCAUUCCAAACUACAGUGCAUUCUUUAUUUUUUCUCCUACUAAUAGUUUUCGUGUCUUGUGUCAUAAAAUCACCAAUCACAGUUAUUUCACAAACUUAGUUCUUGCCUGCAUCCUCAUCAGCAGUGCUAUGUUAGCAGCUGAAGACCCUCUCAGUUCUGACACUCCUAGAAACAAGAUUCUGAAUUAUUUCGAUAUUUUCUUUACAUCUGUCUUCACUAUUGAAAUUGCUCUUAAGGUCAUAACCAAUGGUCUUAUUCUUCACCCUGGUUCAUUUUGCCGAAGUGCUUUCAAUCUGCUGGAUAUUCUUGUAGUUUGUGUAUCUCUCAUAUCAUUUGGGUUUGACAAUGGUGCUAUUUCAGUUGUUAAAAUUCUUCGAGUCCUAAGAGUAUUACGUCCUCUCAGAGCCAUUAAUCGUGCCAAAGGUCUAAAACAUGUGGUUCAAUGUGUCAUCGUUGCUGUUAAAACUAUUGGAAAUAUCAUGUUAGUUACAUUUUUGCUCAACUUCAUGUUCGGCGUAAUUGGAGUCCAGUUGUUUAAGGGCAAGUUUUAUUCUUGUAAUGAUGGUUCGAAAUUGUUUCAAAAAGAUUGUCAGGGAGAGUACAUCAUCUAUCAAGGGGGUGAUAUAACGAAACCCAUCGUACAAGAGAGAGAGUGGGAUAGGUACAAGUUCAACUUUGAUGAUGUUGCUAAAGCUAUGCUCACACUCUUCACUGUGUCCACUUUUGAAGGAUGGCCCCAGUUGUUGUAUGUGGCCAUCGAUUCUAAAGCGGAAGACGAGGGGCCUUAUCAUAACUAUCGUCCAAUGGUUGCCGUAUUUUUCAUUAUCUAUAUCAUCAUCAUAGCAUUCUUCAUGGUGAACAUCUUUGUCGGUUUUGUUAUUGUCACAUUUCAAAAUGAGGGUGAACAAGAAUAUAAAAACUGCGAGUUGGAUAAAAAUCAGAGAAACUGCAUAGAGUUUGCAUUGAAGGCGAAGCCAGUACGACGCUACAUUCCGAAAGCCAGGAUACAGUAUAAGGUUUGGUGGUUUGUGACGUCACAGUACUUUGAGUACACCAUUUUUGUCUUCAUCAUGGUCAAUACUUUUACUCUUGCUAUGAAAUUUUAUGGUCAGCCUCCCAUGUACACUAAAGUUUUAGAUGUUUUAAAUAUCAUCUUCACAGCUAUUUUUGCAUUUGAGUUUGUAUUUAAGUUAGCCGCCUUUAAAUUCAAGAAUUAUUUUGGUGAUGCUUGGAAUGUGUUCGAUUUCAUCAUUGUUUUGGGAAGCUUCAUUGAUAUCAUUUAUGGUGAAGUCCAUGACAAACAGCCCGUUGCAGGUCAAGGCCGGUCAUCUGGUCCUACCCAAAGUCCAGAUCCUCCAGUUUCCCUUCCAAACUCAAGCAUUAUCAGUAUAAACUUCUUUCGACUGUUUCGGGUGAUGAGGCUGGUGAAACUGCUGAGUAGAGGAGAAGGAAUACGAACUCUACUGUGGACUUUCAUAAAAUCAUUUCAGGCCCUACCUUAUGUUGCUCUUUUGAUUGCACUGCUCUUUUUCAUCUAUGCCGUUGUGGGAAUGCAGGUUUUUGGAAAGAUUGCUCUUAAUCCAGAAACUGAAAUCCAUCGCAAUAACAAUUUCCAAACAUUCCCUCAAGCUGUUCUGGUCUUAUUUAGAUCGGCUACAGGUGAGGCGUGGCAAGAGAUCAUGAUGUCUUGUGUCAGUAAUCCAGAUGUUAAAUGUGAUCCAAGAUCUGAUGAUGCAAAUGGAUUGUGCGGAACAGAGUUCGCCAUUCCAUAUUUUGUUUCUUUCUACAUUCUUUGUUCCUUCCUUAUCAUAAAUUUGUUUGUUGCUGUCAUUAUGGAUAAUUUUGAUUACUUAACACGUGAUUGGUCGAUUCUGGGUCCACACCAUUUGGAUGAAUUUGUUAGACUCUGGUCUGAGUAUGACCCUGAUGCCAAGGGAAGGAUUAAACACUUGGAUGUAGUUACAUUGCUAAGAAAGAUAUCUCCACCAUUAGGUUUUGGCAAAUUGUGUCCCCAUCGAGUGGCUUGCAAGAGACUUGUUUCAAUGAACAUGCCGUUGAACAGUGAUGGAACAGUGAACUUUAAUGCAACUUUGUUUGCUGUGGUCCGAACUUCCUUAAAAAUCAAGACAGAGGGUAACAUAGAUGAAGCUAACGAAGAGUUGAGGGCAAUCAUUAAAAAAAUAUGGAAAAGGACAAACCCUAAACUACUGGAUCAAGUAGUACCUCCUGCAGCGGAUGAGGAUGUGACCGUUGGCAAAUUCUAUGCCACCUUCUUGAUUCAGGAUUAUUUUAGGAGGUUCAAGAAAAGGAAGGAAGAACGUGAAAAAGCAGUCGGAGAUGGAACAGAAGAGAGUACCGUUGCUCUCCAGGCGGGACUCCGUACUCUACACGAGGCCGGGCCUGAACUGCGACGUGCAAUAUCUGGCAACUUGGAGGAAGACGAUUUUGAUGAUGGACCAGAUAUUUUGCCAAACCAUAGGAGAAACCAUGUAUUGUUUGGAAACAUUUGGGCCAAAGGUAAGCAUCAGCAGGGCGCAAACAGUCGCUCAGCCAAUCGCUCUCAUGCAAAGAUAUCACCCGCAAAUGCCUUCAUUAGUCCCAUACACAGAGGAGGAAAUCAUUAUGUUCAUCCCCAAGACAUGCAAUCCAGCCUGUCCUCCGAGGAUUCGGACGACCGAAACAGAGCUCCCACCCCGCCUCCACGCCGUUUCCUGAGAAGUGGAGGUUCCUUCCGUCUCCCUUGUCUCACUAAACAGGCUAGUCAUGAGAAGCCAAUAAUCACCCCCACCCCUCCUGGAGACUCCCCCCAGCCUGCUGACCGAAAUUUCAUGUCUCGUAUUUCUGCAUCCCUCAGGUUUUCACCUCUCCCAGCUCUAGCUGUAGUGGGAGUUCAAGAGCAACCUCCUCAUCAUGCUCCGACACACAGAGCUUCAUAUCAUGGUCAAAGUAAAUAUGAACCAGAAAUGAAUGGUAUAGAUGCAACGACGAAUCAUAUGCAAAAAUAUAAUCCAGAUGAAAAAGUUAUUGGGAGUGCUGAAAACCUGGUGGGAAGAAUCCUCCAGGAGCAGGGUUUGGGACGCUACUGUGAUCCUGAAUUCGUAAAGGCAACUCAGCGAGAGCUAGCAGAAGCCAUCAACCUCACCCCAGAAGAGCUUGACCGUGCAGCCCAUCGUCUUCUCCAAGCGGAGCGUCAUAACAGCAAUCCUUAUUUGUACCAGCCAUACAACGAUCCCGGCCAACCGCCAAAAUUCGAACAAAAUCCAGGCUUCCUUAUGAGCUUAAGCAAUGACGACAGACCCCACAGCCAACAGAACUAUCGCACAGAUAAUCAGUGGGACAAACAAAGUUUUGGAGACACAAAGUUAUAGCAGUUUUUGCUCAAAAAGUGAUCAAAACAGUUUAGCCUGAAUACCGUCCUCACUUGGGGAAUCUAUCUCCCUCUGCCAGUGCCUUUUUUAUACAUUGUUUUCUGUUGUGAGGAAGGAAUGGCAUCCCCUUUUGUUUUUGUAUGUAUAUUUUGAAGAUGGAUUUCUUUUUAUCAAGUUUUUCACUAUGCAGAGCAACUAGAGCAGAAAAGGACAAAUAUCGAUCUUUUUAAUCCUUUGCUACACCUCAUCAGUUUUUGUUAAAAAGUAGUAUUUUGAAGAACAUUUUUCCUUAUUUGAUUUGAAUUGCCUAUUUAUUUAAGCUGUCACUCUUAUUUAUUAAUGAAAAUGUUUUAUGCUGUUAUUUUUUUAUAUAUAAAUGAAAAAUCUAUCAGCUUUGUAUUGAUUAAUUUUUUCUGUUGAAGAAGUUAAAUAUUCAGUUCUUACUCUUUAUUUGUUGAUACAGUUUUUAAAAAUAAACAACUGAAAAUUAUUGUUUUUACUUACUUUCAUUUCUCAUGAAUCAACUUUAAUUUUAAUCUGUUGAACAAAGCACUGGGUAUUUCAUGCUUGAAAUUUUUAAAUGUUUUGUUACUUAAAUAAUGUUUUUGUUUUUUUAAUUUCAUAAGGAAAUGUUUUUACAUUCAUAUUGAAGCAACUUUUUCAACUGAUUUAAAAAGUUAAAAGAAAUUAAAUUGAUCCAUCCAUUUAACUAUUCUUGAGAUUUUAUAUUUUUAUCUCUUGUUUGUAUUGUAUUUUUAACUUUAUAUAUUUAUUUCUCAAAUUUUAAUCAAGUAUUUAUUUAAGAAACUUUUAAAAUAUGUGUUAAGUUUUGUGUCAUACACUUUUCUGUGUUUUAAUAAAAGGUUUAUUAUUGGUAUAUUAUAUUAUAGUAGGUAUAUUUAAAACCGCUGGAAAAAUUAUGUUAGUAAUUUGCAAAGUAUUUAAUUUACAUGAUUUAAUAAGAAAAGAAUCAUGUAAUUGAAAAAUAUGUUUUACUCUUAUUAUUGAUGAUUAUGAUUAAAUUGUGUUACUUAAUGCAAUUUUACUUAAUCAUGUGUGUUAUUUCUACUUUCUAAAAAAAAUAUUUUGUUCUUUUGCUGUUCCUUAUUUUAUGACUUUCUUCCUCAUUUAUUUAUAAUCUAUUUAAUAAAUGUUUUGUUUAAAUAAAACAUUUUUUCUGAUUUUA